AAUAAGGCUCGCCAUGCCCGUAUGUGCAGCCUGGUCAUGCAAUAUACUACUUCGAGCUAGGCACAGCAAGCUUUUUGCCUUUCAGCUUCGAAUUGAAGAUUUUGCUUCGAGGAGGAGAGAGGAGCUUUUCUAGCGCUACGUACGCCUGGGAGAGUGGCUGUUCUCUCGCUGCUGGAGUGACUCAUUGUAGUUUGUUAGGCCAGCAGAAGUGAGGUUUUCUGAGCCUACUUUACGGAAAAUCUGGUUGUUAGCAUUUGCAGCCUUUGUGAUGGCGUCAACUGCUCUUGCCGGUGCCUAUUCCCGGAGUCUGGUGCUGACAUCAUUGCCUUCGGUGGCUGGGCAGUCAGUAGGGCAGAGCUUUCCGGCCCCUGUUGCAAGGCCCUGCUUGAUUGAGGCGAUGCGCAAGAAGAAGGCCACUAAGCAUCAUGAACACUCAAGGCCAAAGAAGCACAACCCGUAUGACAAGAAUAGGAAGCCGCCUGUUUAUGACGCCCUGCCGCCGCGUCCCCCAGUCCUUGUUGCUGAGAGCGACUCGGAAGCAGUGCAGCAAGCACAAACUCUAAUUAGCGGGGCUCAUGAAACACUGAGGACCACGAUCGCAUAGAAUCUCUACUCUGACAAUCGAAACAAAAGAAAUUCUUCUAUGGGGGAAAAGAACCGCUCAAAGCAUUGGCUGCGAGCCGUCAUGGAGGAGCUUGAACCGCCCAUUUCGGCAUACAUUCUGUUCUUCCAGUCUGCCAGAGCCCUUUGGAGCAAUGUAUUAAACUUAUGAAGAGAUCGCCCUUCUGUAUAGGGGGUUGGAUAGCCUCGAUCAGUCAGAGGCGUUUCUAGCAUUGGGUGUUUCUUCUCAAAGACGAUUUCGUUGAGUAAAGGUUUCAACGAAGCUUACUCUCCAUUCUGCUGAGUUUGAGGGCCCGCAGCUACCACAAUCUCGAAAAACAAGGUUCUUCAUGACGCCAAUUGGCAGUGGUUCAGGACGAGCUAGGCUGGCGGGGAGUUUUGGGUGGUGCAACAUUCUUUUCGCAUGCGUUUACUUUUAGGAUGAUCUGUGGACGCAUGCAGUGCGGGCCUGCGUGCUGUAGAGAGUAUAACGCCCAUGCGAGUUUGUUGUUACGUUAUUUAGAUGCGUAAUUUGCGCGGGCAAUGUCCGGGCGGCUGUUGCCAC